CUAACUUUUUCUCCUUGCUAACUUCUCGUCAUCGGUUUAGGUGCAGUGAACUCGCUAACAAAAGAAUUUAAUACGCUUUUAAAUUUCCAGAUUUUAGUUAAUAUUCUUUUUCACUGAGAAAAAGAUUCUGCUUCGUUAAGAAUUGCAAGAUUUCAACAAAGUCAGCAUAUUCGGCUUGUUUCGAUUCUCUUUCUUUGCAUUGGAUGUAAUAUAACUAGUUAUACGACUCCGAAGAGUUUGCCACUGGGAGCCAUUGAACGCUAGAAGAUUGUUGAAUCGCUGAAGUAAAUGGUGAAAGUUGCUUGCGUCGCUUAAAAAGCAAUAUCCUGCCCUCGUCGAUCGAAAUUUUCAGUUGGUGUUCACAAUUUGAAAAGAACUCAGAUUAAAACAGAACUGCAGAAAAUCAAUUAAAGAAAAGAUGAGCUCUAAAAGAGGAAAUGGAUCUAAUGGAAGAAAGAAGAGUGCACCUGCCAAGCGCCCUGCUAAAGAUUUGGAAGAACCCCCGAGGAGGGAUCUGCCGGUAUAUGGAGAGUUCUAUACAUAUCAGAAUAUGUAUAGAACUGACAUGCAAGGGCGGCAUGCCUUGCAUAGAGCAGCAAAAAGAGGAGAUGAAGAAAGAGUGAAAGAGCUUCUUGGUCAAGGCUUCAAUCCCAUUCUCUACGACAUCCACGGGUAUACGCCACUCCUCAUCGCGCUCAAUGACUGCUGCGAGGAAGCAGCACAGAUCCUGAUAGAAGAAGAUUGUGGCAUCAAUCUUCCAGAUAAAACUGGAAAGUAUCCUCUGCAUGUUGCUGCUAAUUCCGGCUUGGAAGAGUGUGUAAAGCUGCUGCUAUUUAUGGGUGCUAAUCCGCAUGUUCUUGAUAACACUGGAAUUUACCCUCUAGAGGAAGCUUUGAGCCAGUUAAAUCACUCGCGAUUUGUAAAUGUAACGAAGAUGAUCCUUCGAAUGUGCGCUUUAAAAGAUAUCGCACUGGACUUGAAAGAGAUGGAUGUCGUAAGAUAUAAGAGAGACUUUUGCAACUCUAUACUUGCAGAGUGUCGCUCUGAGAUCCAACGCAUGAAGGAAGCCAAAAUAAAGGGAUCGAGCAUCAGCUUUUUUGAUAUUGCGACAGAAGACGUAGCAAUUGUGGCACGUUAUGUGCAAAAUAAAAACAUCCUUAAGGUUCUGAAUGGCUCAUUCGAAACUUUCCCGAAUUAUUCGGACAUGAUCGCGUAUAAAGUCAAGAGAGCCAAGGAGAGGAGGGCCCUCACUGAUCAGUGGGUCGAGUGCUUCACCUUUAAGACCCGUCAGUUUCCCAAACCAUGUACCGAUAUUAUCUCACUUCAUCUGAGUGACAGGGAUAUGCGCAGCUUUAUUACUGGUGUUGAGUUCUCUCAUUAAGACAUUACAAACGCAUAUAAACUUUCUAAAUGUUGUUAUAUUUUAAUGUGAACCUUUAAACCUUCUGUAAUUUAAAGUUCCAUCACUUGAUAUAAUCGAAAGAUGAAGGGUCACUACUGAUAUGUGUCAUUUUUUACUUGUUGUUCUUCAUGAUAAAAAUUUAAUCUAAGCAUUCCUAUAUUGUGCUUCCUUAUACAUCGCUAUCAAUGCAUGUAAUAAAAAGUUGAU